AGAGAGAGAGAGAGAGAGAGAGAGAGAGAGAGAGCACUUAGCGAGGGAGGGAGGCAGAGAAGGUUUGGAGCUGCAGACUGACUAAACUAUUUUUCACUACUCUGGAUGCCUUGUUUGUCUGCCAAUCAGAUCAGAUACAGGGCAAGAAGACACCAGGCCCCCCUCUCUCUGUCUUGGUAGGGUUGGGUGACCCCCUCUCGCAUGAGGGAGGCCAUGGCAGCGACGGGGGUGGGGGGCGGGGGUGAGGUGAGGCUGAGGCUGAACACGCCCGCCCCGAGUACAGCAUGAGGCAGACCUGAGCUCGACACGACGCUGCAAGACGGAAACUAUUGUUGAGCUGUGGUCCACGGUCCAGAUACCUGGUGCUUGCUCACACUCGUCAUGGAGGAAGGAAUGAAUGAAGGAAGGAAGGAAGGAUGUGGGUCUCGUUACCGUUCUGCAGAGUCCGAGUCAGAGACAGAGAUCGAAGGAGGAAGGGGUCGCAGAGUCCGUUCCGAGGGUUUGUUUGUUUGCAUCGGUAACCAUCGAUUGUGACGAAGAUGAGAGCACAAGAAGCACCACGCCAGUCCGCGAUGGCCCUGGCAAUCAACGGCUACUUGGGCAACGUGGCGUGGGGGGUUGUGGACAGAGCGGGCCGGGCGGGGCAUGGCCGGGCUGGGCUGAGGCAGUUCCCCCAAGCCCCAGCCCCAGCCCCAGCCCCAGCCAGCGAGACGUUGGGAGGACGACGCGGCCUCGGGGUCGAAGGAAGGGAGGAGGCUGGACUGACAAGAGAAUAGCGCGGCUCCGGUUCCAGUUACGGUUCUUGUACGGCGCACCAGCUCGGGGCAGCAGAGGAAAGGGGCUCCGUCCUUCCGAGGGCCAAACCUGAGCGACGAGAAAAGCGAGUCAGAAGAAAAUCAUGUCGCGAGACCGACCGCCAGAAGUCGCAGAGGCACGUUUAUGGACAGUCGUCCGUGCACAGGACGUCUCCAGCUCCCCUCGCCACAGCCUCCCUCAGGCGACGAGGAGUUCGAUUCGGUGUUUCUUUUUGGCAGUUUGCUUCCGAAUUUCACCUUCCAGAGAGCGAGAGAGAGAGCACUCUGUCUCAGAAUUGGACCGAUCGAGAGUACAGAGUUGUCAGCGAGUAGGGCAGGGCAGGGCAGGAGAGGAGGUGAUCAGAGAUUUUACCCUUUGGAGGUGGGGUUUGGAGGUAAGAGUGAUCGAGGGAGACAUUGAUCUUCGCUGCUGUUGAUUCGAUGAGUAGGGAACCUGGCCAUGAGCGUUUGUCCAUCUGCAGCAGCGGGAAAAUCUGUGAGAUUGUGUGAGAAGGCUUUGUAAUUCUGCGAAUUCGUCGAUUUGUUAGGCGUCACCAGUAGCAUACGGUCCAUUUUCCGAUCGUAUCAAUCAUUCAAACAGCCAUGGCAACGCACAUUCGAACACGACACGAUCACAACGCAAUGGUCGCUCGGACACGACGUCAAUCAGUCGAUCGGUCUCUAUCGACACAAUCUCUAGCUCCACUACUUGUAGAGCAAAUCAGGAAUUUCUCGCCCACUCGGACACGAAACUCGACCCAUGCAUUGCCUACACACCCCCACUGAAGUAGACAGAACUCAUGACCCGAAUCCUCGUCCGUGCGUCACUCUUCUCCCCACACCAGAUCGAUCGAUCGAGCCUUCCUCUGAUUGUCUCGAUCCUUGCUACUCUGUAGCCACAUGCCCCUCUCGGCAUGCUACUGCAGUCACCCCUCCCUUCCUGCCACACUACUCU